AUGGCACUUCCUCCAGCUGCUACCGUGAGUGCGGUGACCGACGUGGCGGGCUUGAUCGAUUUGAUGGGGAUGCAGGACGGGGUCUGGCGAGGCUUUGUCGGUCAGGUGGGCGACCCUGGUACCAACAUCGGCCACCUGGCUGCUUUACCAGCACAAUUGAUUUCAGCGGCCUGCUCCCAUGCUACCAUGCCUGACGGGAGCGCCUUUGUCCCCAUUCAUGCCUCUCAGGUGGGGCUAGUUUGGCGGGUGGCAAGGAAGCAUGUGUUUUUAGCCAAUGGCGGUUUGGAGGCAGACUUCCAAGACGUCGAACCUUGGGACUUCGUGCGGAAUCCUGGACAAGCAGCAGCACCAGCAAGUCCACCAAAGGCAUCAACAGUCAAGGAGAACGUGUUGAAGAUGGCCAGCCUAGUGGAUCAGACGGAUGAAUCUGAGCUGUUGCCGGCUAGCAUGGACAAGGUGCAGGAGUGGACGCAGAGGUACAUCACGUUGAUGAGAGCACCUCCAGAAGAGGAGGAGGAGGCGACAGAUGCCCAGCUUGCAGCACUCCACAAACGGACUGUGUUGCUGGGACACCCUCCUUACGUGGAUUUCUCAGUUUGGACGCCGUUUGGAAGACGUUCACUUAGGUCCCAAAAGUUCAGGACUUAUGUACCCCUUGGUGAUGGCUCCUACAUCAUCAAGGAGCUGCCGGGCCCACAGAAUUUGACUCAGUGGAUGGCGUGCUGGAGGGUUUUCAAAGUGGCGGCAUUGGCACUGGGCAUAGUCAGCCUGGCAGCGUUGCAACAGUACGAGAAGGCCAUUGAGAAGCUGACAUUGCAAUGGCCGUUGGCUUGGGGCUUGAUAGUUUUGGCAGAUGAUAAAGGUCGUGCCGAACGCUUGGAGAAGAUCAGGCGCAAUGUCAUGAUCGACCAGCAGGCGGGCAGGGUGCUACCUUUGGAUUGGGACGAACAAAACCCCUGGUCAGCCUGCUUCAAGUUGCUGGCCAAGGACGAGCAAUAUUGGUCAGAACAAGUUAGGCAUCCUGCAGCAGCAUGGACGGCGGCAGGGAGUCACGGAGUACCUGUAGCGCCGGCUGAAGCCAUAGCUGCAACUCAUGUGGUUGGGGGCUCUGACGUUUUGCAGGCGCCCAAGGAAGAAAAGGAUGAGAGGAGACGACAAGCAAACAGAGACAAGCGGUCAGCUCGUAAGAAGAGACAAUGGGAAGAUCGAGAAGAGCUGCGCAAGUUGAAGAGCCAGAGAUCAGACUCGGACAAGGGUCAGGGCAAAGGACAGAACCAAGGCAAGUGGAAGUCGAAAGAUAAAACAGGAGCAGAAAUAUGCUUCUCAUGGGUGCAGGCCAAAGGCACGUGCGCUGAUGUACCCGUAGGGAUGGAGGAGGACAACGUAGACUGGGACCCUGAUGACGUCAGUGUCAUCCAGGGCGAAUGGCAUCCUCAGGCGCUUGAGCUGCUGCAGUCGACGGGAGACUUUGCAAAGUAUAAGGAGUCCCGAACCUUCAGGUUUGUGCACUUGUUCAGCGGGGCCAGGGACGUGCUGAAGCCGGCGUUGGAGAAGGCAGCAUCCAAGGAGGGGUUGCGCAUUAAGGUGGAGUCCUACGACAGGGACGGGCCGCAGAAGCAGAACCUGGCAGAGGACAGGCCGUACAUGGACCUGCUGGAGACGGUCGACACCAUUGAUGGAAUGCACGCCGGGUUUCCAUGCGGAAGCUUCAGCAUGGUGCGCAACAGGCCGGGGGGCCCACCGCCGGUAAGGAGCCGGGAGUUUCCCUAUGGCCUCCCGACGAAUGAUGUCUUGCAGCAGAAGGAGGCUGACACCGGCACAGUUCUGGCAGUUCGGUCAUCUAUGUUGGCCUCCAAGGUGUUGGACAACCACCGCAAGAGGAAGGUGGGCGAGGUGGCAACAUUAGAAAAUCCACCGGGCUCAGAAGCCGGCCAAGACUGCCCUGCAUGGCUUCUUCCAGAAAUCGUGGACUUCCUGAAGGUUUAUCAAGCACAAAAUGCAUUUUUCAACUCAUGCAUUUACAUGCAGGGCAAGCACCGAUGGCUCAAGCCAGCACGUUGGUCAGGUCGUCUGCAGGACCUUGAAGAGCUGGCGGGAAAGUGCGCCUGUCCAUCAUGGGUGGUCCACGAGAUACUGAGGGGCAAGUACAAGACAUCAGCUGCAGCAGAAUACCCGGCAGCUCUGGCGGAGCGCUAUGCCAACUUGGUCAUCAAGGUCUUCAAGCAGAACCUGCAGUUGGAGUUCUGGAGGUACAAGCUGCAGACCAAGGAAGGCGAGGUGAACAAGCUGCAGAAGAACUGGGUGAAAAGUAGGGAGGCUAGAACGCCACCUCCCCCCAGCACGGAAGGAAUGACUGCCAAGGAUGCCGAAGCUGAGGUUCAGCGUCAAACCGAUGCGAGCCGGCAGAGCAGACUUAGCAAUUGGAAGGUUCGCUUGCAGCAAGAUAACGCUCAGGUCUUUCGAUGGGUGCGGUCCUCCGAAUCGGCGCCCACUGUUACCUUGUAUGACGACGAAGUCGAUCCUGACGACCCAGCUAGCAUGGACAGCUCUGGUGCCUUGGUCAAAAUCGAAUCCUUUUGGCAGAGAGCUUGGAACCGUGACAAUAGCGAUGCUUGGACUCCGCAGCAAUAUCUUCGUGAAUAUGGCGGGGCCCCUGAAGUCGAAGAAAAUUGGAGCCCUGUUUCUGCACAGGCUCUUAGUGCCUCGGCUGCUAGACAAAGGCACCGAGCCGGGGGCCCUGACGGCUGGACUGGCAGCGAAAUGGCAGCUUGGCCGUACAACAUGUGGGCUGACCUGGAAUUUGUGUUUCAAGCCUGGGAGCAACUGGGAUGUUUCCCAAAGUGCUGGCACUUCAUGACACAGGUGAUGCUCCCCAAAGGAAACGGUCAAAGGCUCUCUGACAGCGCCACCCCGACCAGCAAACUUCGACCAAUAAGCCUCAUGUCGUGUUGGUGGAGAAUUUAUGUGAGUGCCCGCUUAGAUGGGGACAUCGAAAGACGUUGGUUGGAAUCGCAUUUGUUGACUACCCAGGCUGGAGGUAGGCAGCCUACCAAGCGUCAAGAUAUGAUGCAGUUAGAAGAGCUGUGCAAUGGAGUGACUGAAAACCUUUUUGCCUUAGGCGCUGCUAUGGGUUUUGGGUCCAUGCUGCCUAAGGAACAAGGCCGCAUUGAAAAGGCAAUGGCUUGUGCUGCUAAGGUUCGUUUGGCUCCUAUCUCAGCAGCUCGAAGAUCGUUUGUUGGCGCACUUGCCGCAGGUAGCAAAGCAACUUACGGGUGGUUGGUCCGUGCUCCCCCUGGAACCGGGCUCAUGUCUAAGUUGGAAACUCGUCUCCGAAGGGUGGGCUACUGCCAUCGCAUGUCCUCUCCUGCGCUCAUUAGGCUGGUGAUGGGUCACCCAGUGGACAUUCAGUUUCAAUCUGGUGCGGCGCUCAUCGGUGCGGUUCAUCGCACUGUUCGUCGGAUCCGAAGAAUCUUCAGUGAUUGGGACCUCUCUGGAGGUCCGGCUCAGAGAGCCAAGAAAUGGCUUCAGUCUCUUGGAUGGUCAUCUGUGGUGCAGGUACGGUGGCAACUAAGGUGGCAGUGCUUUGCGGGUGGUGGGCCCUCUGCUGCGUGGUGCAGCGGAAUGGUGCGGCUUUGCUGCGCCGAGUGGCCGCUGCCGUUGUCUAUGCUGCUGCAGCAGCGCAAGGAGAAGGAGAACGAGUUCUACCUUGGGGGCAUGCGCAACCCAGAUGUAUCAGUCUCCAAGCUGCACAUGGUGGCCAGCAUGGGCAUGGACAUCAGCAGGGCGUGGAACAGGUUCAUCAAGGACAACCCGAAGGCCCUGGACAUUGCAGUGACUUAUGGGGGGCCUGACUGCAAACCCGACCUGGAGACGGCCAACAAUUGGAGGGCCGCUUUGGAAAAGAUGCUGAAGGCCAAGGAGUUCGAGGACGUCAUCAUCAGGGAGGACUAUGAGUUCCGAACCCCGCUCAACACCAAGUUGCUGGCGGCCUGGCAAAGGGCGACCCGAGACCCGGAGGUGCAUGUGGUCGAUUGGGCGCGUCGUGGGGUGCCCUUGGGCAUGAACAAGCGCAUCGACACUUGUGGCAUCUUUCCAGCAGCCCGGGACGAGUACAUGGAGCAUGGUGAUGCACCGCCCCUCGAGCUGAUGGAGAACACCCGUAACUACACCAGCUUCUACGACCUGAUGGAUGCGGCCAAAGAGGAAAUCGGCCGAUAUGUGGACAAGGGCUUUGCCAUCGUCAGGGACAUGGAUUGGAUCGCUGGCAGAUUCAGCUCAGGCACGGUUUCCAGAAUGGGGCUCAUUCAGAAGGUCAAGGACGAUGGGAGAGUGAAGAACAGGGUGAUAGUUGACAUGCUCCGCUCUGGCGGCAACUCAAGGAGCUCAGUGCCUGAGAGGUUGAUCCUUCCCCGCGUUCAGGACGUGCUGCAGGGCGCAAGGAGGCUGUAUUCAUUCCAGGACGACCUGAAGGCAUUGGCAGAACGAGAAGGGUGGAUGCCAGAGAAGGAGGCUGACCUCCACAAGUGGGAAUUGGUGGGAGCAGAUUUGGCAGACGCCUUCUGCCAUUUUCCGGUGGACAGAGAUGAACUGUCAAAUUGCAUCUGCCCCGGGCUGGAGCCAGGCCAAUUCAUCUUGUACACGGCGCUGCUCUUCGGCUUCAAGGCAGCCCCACUUCUCAUGGCCAGGUUGGCGGCAAUGUUCACGCGCUUCCUGCAGAGCCUCUUGGCAAAGGGCGAGGGCGUCAUUCAGACCUACAUGGAUGACCCGCUGAUCUUGUUGGCGGGAACGGACGCCAGGAGAAACCGCACCCUGGCCUUGCUGCUCUACAGCAUGUGGGCGCUGGGCAUCAACAUCGCCUAUCACAAAGGCGAACGAGGGCUUCGAGUGACAUGGAUUGGGGUCGUCUUCGAGCUGGACUUGGAGCGGGAGGUGCUCAAGCUGACGGUGUCCCGCAAAAUGGCGAACGAGCUUCAUGAGAAGCUGAAAUCCUGGGAAACAGGCAUGAUCAGCCUGAGAGACCUCAGGGCGACGACCGGAAGACUCAGCUGGCUGGCCGGGAUCCUUCCGAGAUGCAGGUGGGCCGUUUCCAUCCUCUACGCCGUGGUGGCUGCAGCCGAAAAAGACGCAAGAGACGGCACGGAGGAAGCAAGGGCGGCCAACAGGCCAUCGGAUCAGAGGCCAAAGCCCUUCCUGGUCCCUGCCGCCCGGGUCAAGUUACCACGCCAAUGGCUCGUGACGUUCCUGGAGCGGGCCGAGCAGUUUAUGCUGCGCACGGAGGCGUUCUACCCCAUGCACCCGGACCUGGCCAUCAUCACUGACGCUUCUCCCCAAGGUGUAGGAGCAAUCCUCUGCUACGUCAACUUGGGCCGUGGGGAACUUAUCCCAUGGGCAGCAAUGGAAGCCCCAGUGCGCAAGGAAGACACGGACUGGCUGGGGCUGGAGUUUGGUGAGGCCUCUUCACAAGGGGCCCUCGAAGCAUGGGCAGUGCUGCUGGCGGUGCACAUGUGGAAGACUCGCCUGCGGCAAGUGCCACUGCUCAUCAAGUCUGACUCGACGGUGGCGCUGGCAAUCGCGCAGAAGCUGUCUAGCCCCUCCCCCACAGUCAAUUGGGUAGGGGCUGAACUGGCGUUGCGCCUCGAGUGGCUGGACGUGCCCAAGCUCAUCGUGCACCACUUGCCGGGGCGCUUCAAUGUAGAGGCAGACUGGCUCUCGCGACCACACGAGCGCCCAGCCGAAGUGCCAUGGGCGUUGCGAGGAGUCAAGAUUCAGAAAUUCGAAGGGGAGGCCAGGCGGCGUUCCCAAGUGCCGCCCCCCGGCGUUGCCCCCCAGAUGUGGGGUGCCAAAUCUGAGACCAUCUUGCAAGCUUUCGAGAGCUUGUGA